AUAUGGCUAUUUGACAGACCCAAAUCCCUUACUCCAAUGGUUUUUGGUAUAUUCCCAGAAGGGGGCCUUGGGUCACACUGCCAUUGUGGCCCUGGCUCACAGAACACAGUGAUGUCACAACCGUACUUAAACUGUAGAAGGCAAUGUUCUAGAGUACAUCCAGUCUAGGGGCUGCUUGUCCCUCUGUGGCUACAGUGGGAGGUGGUGACAGAGCUGGACGGGAGUCACCACUGCCAUACCAGUUGAUAAAGUGGCAACCUGUGGUGGGGAGAGAGGGCCAAGGACUCCAUCUGCCCCAGCCUCUCUCAGGAAUCGCCUGUGCCGCCAGGCACAGAAGCACCCACUCCUGGCAUCCCCUUAUCCCCUGGUCAGUGAGGUUCCUGCCUUUCCCUGGCCAACUCCACCACCAUCCAUCCAUCCCACCCUUCAAGGAAGCAGACACCCCACUGUGUACACCUGGUCCUCUGCUGCCUGUAACUGUGUGUGUGAACACCUUGGUGCUGGCUCUGUGUCAUGGGGACGACUAACCCUGAGGAACAAGACCUUAGGACCACCAGGCCUCUCCUGAAAACAAAAGCCAUCUUGAGGAGCAAAAUUCACAGCACAAUAUCGAAGAAGGCACGAGCAGAAAACUUGGAAACAAUGACGUCAGGUACCAGGUACUGGACAUCUAACCGGGAAGGCCAGGUGCAGCUGCGUAUGGGCAAGAACCCCUUAGAGAACGAGCCCCCGGUCACAGUUCCUGACUUGAUCAUGAGUGCGGCCACAAAAUAUUCACAUUACCUGGCAAUCGGCUCCAAGUACAAGAAGAGCUGGCAGGUGCUCACCUACAUCGAGUACUACGAGGCCUGCCGGCGUGCUGCCAAGGCCUUCCUCAAGGUGGGCCUGGAGCGCUUCCACGGUGUGGGCAUCAUGGGUAUCAACUCUUCAGAGUGGGUGAUUGCCAGCAUCGGAGCUAUCAUGGCAGGUGGCAUCUCUGUGGGCAUCUUGAGCAGCAACUCUCCCAAGGCCUGCCAAGUCAUCGCUGAGACCUCAGAAAUGGACAUCUUCGUGGUGGAUAAUGACAGACAGCUGCAAAAGGUUAACCAGAUUCAGGGCUACCUGAAGCAUCUCAAGGCCAUCAUACAGUACAGAGAAGAUAUCCAGGAAGUGCAGCCAAAUCUAUACUCGUGGAAAGGGUUCCUGGACCUCGCAGAUGGCAUCUCGGAUGAAAAACUGGACCAAAUCAUCGAUGCACAGAGGCCCAAUCAGUGCUGUGUUCUGGUAUACAACCAGGGCACCUCAGGGGCCCCGAAGGCCAUAAUGCUCAGUCAUGACAAUAUCACAUGGACCACAGCAGCCACUGUUCAGAGCCUUGGGUACAAGUGUCCACCUCAAGGUCAGGAGGUCCUUGUGAGCUACCUGCCACUCUGCUUUCCUGGAAUACAGAUCUUGGACAUUUGGGUUGCAAUCUCCGUGGCUGGGACAGUCUAUUUCCCCUCUCUAGAGUCAGGGAAGUGGAGUGGGCUACCACGAAGCCCUGGCACGCUGUCCUCGGUCGCAUCCUGGUUCCCCGGGCUGAAGCUUCCCGCCUCGUGUUCCUGGUGUGCAUGGGGGUCCCCCAGCGCCCCAUCCCGUCCCAUUCAGGGCUUCCUGAUGGAGCUGCUCCGCGAGGUCCAGCCCACCACGUUCUGCGGCAUUCCGUGGGUGUGGGACCACAUGCUGGACAGUCUGAAGACCAAACACCUGGACUCCACCGCCUUCCGCAGGAGGAUUGACCGCUGGGCCAUGCGCAUGGGCCUCAGCACCAACAAGAGGCGGAUGAUGGGGGAGAUCCACCAGCCGCUGUGCUUCGGCCUGGCCAAGAGAUUGACCUUCGAGCCUGCCAGGAAGUUCCUGGGUCUCAACCAUUGCGAGCAGUUUCUAAAUGUGGGCAUGGGGCUGCCGACUAGCACUCUGGAUUUCUUCCUCAGCAUGAACAUCCCUAUCAUGGAGGUGUACGGCUUGCCGGAGUGCACGGGAGUGCACACAGUGUCCAACCUCCAGGCUUACCGAAUACGGAGCUGUGGGAAGGAGCUUCCCAAAACCCACACAAAGGUGGAAAAGGAGAACCAGAAUGGAGUCGGGAACUUGUGUCUCUGGGGCCGCCACAUAUUCAUGGGGUACCUCAGAGACAAGCAGAACACAGAAAACAAGGUGGACACCCACGGCUGGCUACACACGAACGACCUGGGCUUCUUGGAUUUCGACAAGUUCCUCUAUAUCAUGGGGAAAGCUAAAGAUUUGAUCACACUGAGCUCAGGGGAAAAGGUCAAUCCAUAUCCUAUUGAGGAGCGAGUGAGGACUCGAAUCCCCAUUGUGCACUAUGCCAUGCUGGUGGGCCAGGACUUCCCGUACCUGUGCGCCCUCCUCACACUGAAGUGUCAGAUAAAUCCAGAGACUGGAGAGACUCGUGGUAACCUGACCAGUGAGGCCGUGGCCUGCUGUCGGAAGCUUCGAAGCCAGUCCACUUGGUUGUCAGAUGUCCUAUAUGACCGUGACCCUAUAGUCACACAGUUCAUUAACCAGGGCAUCGAGGAUGUGAAUUCAGAGGCACCCACAGUGGGUGCCAAGAUCAUUAAGUGGGUCAUUCUAGACAACGAUUUCUCUGUGGAUGGCGGGGAGCUUGGUACAUAUCUGUCAGCCAAGCACCCUUGAGUCUGAGGCAGAAGGAUCAUGAGUUCAAAGGCUGUCCAGGUACAGACAGAAGAAGACCCCGUCUCAUAAACAAACCUGGGGAUGGGGAGAUGGCUUAAGUCUGUAAACAUGCUGGCUGCACAAGAUGAAGACCUGAGUUUGAUUCCCAGAACCCAUGUUAAAAAGAAAGCAAACAACCAACACCCCCCCCAAAAAAAAAAAAACAAAAACAAAAGCAUGAGAGGCACACAAGCAGCUGCUUGUAAAGGUUUAUUUUUAUACUUAUGCCUGUCUGCAUGCAUGAAAGUUGAGCUAUGCAGUGCCAACAGUGGCCAGAAGAUGGCAUCAGUGCCCUGGGAGCUGCCGCGUGCUGGGAAUUGAACCCAGGCUGUGUGCGGAAGCACUUGGUGCUCUACCUCCUGAGUCACCUCACCAGGUGUAAUACACUUUUUAAA